AUGGACCAGCAAGAGCCUUUGCGUGGCUCUUGCAUGUGUGGACGAAACCAAUAUCUGAUUCGAAUUCCUGACGAUGUGACCGAUCACGCCCAAGUCUACUUCGACGCUGGCAGGGACAAUCGCAAAUCGUAUGGCACACCACUUACCGCAUGGCUCCGAGUCCCUCUGAAUUGGUAUGAAUCACAUACCCAGUCUUACUUCCCGGACGAAACGCAUGCCAACAUCCGUCGCAUCUUCUCUCCGCACCAUGCGCCGCACACGCAGAGGGUGUUUUGCGGCUUCUGUGGAUCGCCGCUCACCUACUGGAGUGAGUAUCCGCGUGAGGAAGCUGACUAUAUGUCCGUGACAAUUGGAAGCCUGUACGGUGAUGACCAGCGGAUAUUAGAGGACUUGCAUCUUCUUCCGGGGUUGGAGGAACCGGAAUCGCCUGAACCCUCUGAGUCUGCUAGGCAGGUAUCGGUUACUCCAGUCCCGAGCGCUUCACGCACUUCUUCGCUACCCGUCACUGUGUCGCCUGAUGUUUCUACUCCAGGGCUCGCUACAACUUACAGGCAUGGAACCACCGACGGUAUUCCCUGGUUUGAGGAAAUGAUUGAAGGCAGUGGGCUCGGACGACUGAUGAAGACAAGGCGCGGCGCCGGGGUAAGCGAUGACCGAUCAACUACUAUAGAAUGGGAAGUCAGCGAGUGGACAAGCACGGGGCCAGAGGCGCAAAACUCGUCAAACCAAGCUAUCGGGAAAAGGAAACGUGAGGAGCCUACUGAUAUAAAAUAUACCUGA